ACACAAACCCGCCGUGGCCUACCAAUGGAGACGACGGCUCGCGUACAUCAGAGCAAGGCGAGCUCGAGGCAUCGUAGUUCUCGAGCACGCCGCAGCGCAACACCUCAACGGCUCGAGCAGCUGGAGCAGACGGAAGUGCGCGGCGUCGACGAUGGUGCCACGCAAUCCGCCGCCGACCAGGAGCUGGCGGUAGCGAGCGGUUCUAAAAAUAGAUCCUCCACCCUAGUUCGCUCGGUACGGCGCCCGGAUACGCCGGAGCACAGUGGUGGCAGCACGACGACCAAUGCUAGCAGCAGUGCUACAGGCACCUCGGUACCGACCCAGCACUACCACUACAGUGCCAGCGGUGACAGUGGUCCGGCACGGAUGUCCCAAACACCCCGUAGCAACUCACCUGCCAUGGUGACCACGGAGCUAGAUGCACCGGUCAGUGUGGACGGUACGGUGGAGGUUGUUGCUGUAGAUCUUGUCAGCGGGCUGGCCAGUCUCGGUACCGUACCAGGACCAACGGAUGACAAGUUGCAGAAGGGCAUCCUCGGCUACAUGGACCGUCAGCUAAAGGUACAAUCGCUGUCCGAUCCGCAAAAGAGUCCCGCCCAACGCAGUACCCGCAGCCGAAGCAGUCUCGAGAAAAGCCCACGCCGGAAGCGCAGCAAAUCGGAAUCGCGGAGGCGUCGGGAGCGCAAAAUUUUGGCCGCAGGCGAGAUGGAGGUACGCCAGGCAAAUGAAACGCUGAUGCGAUACCUGAAACAGUGUUCGGACUUUAACGAUGCGUCCCUGUCGGGUGAUCUGGAGAUACCGGAACAUCUAGAGGAUAGGCGGGUGCACCGGAAAACGAAAUCCCAGCGGGAGCGCAAACUUCACCAGCUGCAACCAGAUCGGUCGGGUGGCAGGACCAACGCCGACGAUCUGAUGAGCUAUCAUGGUGAGAUAUACAAUCCCUUCACGCCGGUCGUUUCACCGACGACUGAGGCAGCGGCCACGCGUAUCGAUAAGAUGUACAUACAGACUGCUAGCGGUUAUCGACCAGUUGACAAUACUUACUCCUAUCAUAAGUCUAGGGCACUAAUCGGGGGAGAUCCCGAAAGCAAUAGCCACACAAUAAACACAUCGGUACAUCUUUCCUGUGCGGUGCAACGAGUCUGGCAUCUGCUAUCGACCGUCUGUCACGGUUUGCUUGGAGGCCUGGCCUUCGCCCAUCUACUGCUGAUCUGUACGACCAAACCGUACGACUGGGUGGAUGCCUCGAUACGCCAUUACUCAGCCUUUGCCGAGGUGUAUGCCAAUACGUUCUACUGCUUAGCUAUCGUUUGUAUGGUUUCGAUAUUCGAUCGGAUGGAUAUUGCGUACGGUGGUGAUACGAACAUUUCCUUUCGCUCUAUCUUCAUCAUCAUGAUCUACGUGAUGACGAUCAUACUGAGUCUAUCGGCUGGCACGAUGGACGAACGGCUGUAUGUUACUUCCACGUUAAAUGUUACCGUCUGGGAAGAGGAAUUGGAAACGAACAAGGUGCUGAGCAUCUGGAAUGCGCUUUCAAUUGCACAAAGUGUCGGUGCCAUCUUUGGUUGGCUAAUCGUUGGCUUCCUACCAAACCAGGACAAUCUGUACGAUCAGUUGCUCGAGAUGGAAAAAUAUCAGCUACAGUAA